AUGUAGACUGUGGAGGUAUAGUUUGCAUAGUUAGAACAUAUACAAAUUUGUGUAUGUGAAGAUAGAACUUAUAGUAAUUCAUUAAUUGGAAUCAGUCAUUAUUAUAAUGAAGCUAAUAGUUGUAAAUGGUAUUCUUAUUGUAAAUUUAAUGAUUCUCUUACUGUUUUUAUAAAUAUACGUACAUGGAUUAAUUAUGAUUCAAAUGUUAUUGCAUUCAAUACUUCUAAUUUACUUUAUGGUUAUCAAAUUGUACUGACUCAGUAUCUAGGCUCUCAUGUGGAACAAUUUUAAUUAUUAAAUUAUAAUUAUAAUACAUGA